GGCGGCAGCGGGGCUGGGCUGGGUCGCGUCGCGUUUGGAGGGCCGGGGCCAUGGCUUCCUGGGCCGCUCUUUCGCCCAGCAUCGUGGAGUAUUUCGAGGGCGAGGACUCCUACCGCUGCGGCUAUUGCAAGAAUGAGUCGGGCAGUCGCUCCAAUGGCAUGUGGGCGCAUUCUAUGACUGUACAGGAUUAUCAGGAUCUUAUAGAUCGAGGAUGGCGAAGAAGUGGGAAAUAUGUGUACAAGCCUGUCAUGAAUCAAACAUGUUGUCCUCAGUACACGAUAAGGUGCCGACCUUUACAGUUUCAGCCAUCAAAAUCUCACAAGAAGGUUUUGAAAAAAAUGUUGAAAUUUCUGGCUAAAGGGGAAAUUUCCAAAGGAAAUUGUGAGGAUGAGCCCAUGGAGCCCACCAUGGACGAGAGCGUUGCAGGUGACUUUGCAUUAAUAAAUAAAUUGGAUAUACAGUGUGACCUUAAAACACUCAGUGAUGACCUCAAAGAGACCUUUGAGAGUGGGGAGAAGAAGAAAGGAAAAAGCCCAAAGAAAGAAGAACCUAAGGAAUUAAUUCAAUCCCAACAUAUGGAGGAGAAGUUGGGCUCUGGGGAGCCAUCCCAUCCAGUUAAAGUGCACAUGGCUCCUAAGCCAGGCAAAGGGGCAGAUUUGAGUAAGCCUCCAUGUCGGAAAGCAAAGGAAAUCCGAAAAGAAAGGAAAAGGUUAAAACUCAUGCAGCAGAACCCAGCUGGAGAACUUGAGGGUUUCCAGGCUCAAGGUGAACCACCAUCUUUAUUCCCACCAAAGGCUAAUAAAUCCAACCAGCCCAAAUCACUUGAAGAUUUAAUUUUUGAAUCUUUACCAGAGAAUGCAUCACACAAGUUAGAGGUGAGGUUAGUACCUGUCUCCUUUGAGGACCCAGAGUUCAAGUCGUCCUUCAGCCAGUCAUUUUCUUUAUAUGUCAAGUAUCAAAUGGCCAUACACCAGGAUCCGCCUGAUGAAUGUGGGAAGACGGAGUUUACAAGGUUCCUUUGCAGCUCCCCUCUGGAGGCUGAGAACCCCCCUCAUGGACCGGAUUGUGGUUAUGGCUCUUUUCACCAGCAGUACUGGCUUGAUGGAAGAAUCAUUGCUGUGGGAGUGAUCGACAUCCUUCCAUACUGUGUAUCGUCUGUCUAUUUGUACUAUGAUCCUGAUUAUUCAUUCCUGUCUUUGGGUGUCUACUCCGCACUACGAGAAAUUGGUUUUACUAGGCAACUUCAUCAGAAAACAUCUCAACUCAGCUAUUAUUAUAUGGGUUUCUACAUUCAUUCAUGUCCCAAGAUGAAAUAUAAGGGUCAGUAUAGACCUUCUGAUUUGUUGUGUCCUGAGACGUAUGUUUGGGUGCCCAUUGAGCAGUGCCUGUCGUUGCUUGAGAAUUCCAAGUACUGCCGUUUCAACCAGGACCCAGAAGCAGUGGACGAAGGUCGCAGCAAGGAGCCCGACCGGCUGCAGGUGUUCCACAAGAAGGCCAUCCUGCCCUACGGCGUGUACAGGAGGCAGCACAAGGCGGCGGCCGAGGAGGCGGCGGUGCUGCAGUACGCGCGGCUGGUGGGGCAGGCGUGCGCCGAGCGGAUGCUGCUGCUGCGGAACUGAGGCGGCCGCGCCCCCCGCGCCUCCCCCUGCGCCCCCCACCCCCGACGCGCCCCCGACGCACCCCCGCGCCCCGGGGACAGCCCGGCCUGCCCACAGAUGAGAUCUUUUUGAUUUGGACUCUUCUAUGGCUUUUCUAAACCAUUUUGUGGCGGUGUUUGCGUGAGAGUCCCCGGUCCCUGUAAAGAUUUGACCUGGCCUCGUCGUGGGGGGUCUCUCGUUCCGGAAGUUUGUUUCAUGAACAAGACACGGUAGCGACGUCUCAUGUUAGUAUUUUGGAAAGUAAAAUGAGUGGGUGGAUCUUAAGUCGUUUAAACAUCGUCUUGCUUUUUUGGUCCAAGAACUCACAGCCGACUGUGCUCAGAGCCGUUGGACACUGGCUGAUGCGGGGAGACCGAGGGCUGCGGGUGGUGGGGAGUCGGCCUGCGUCUUCGCAGACUUGCUCGAGAGCACUCGGUGUUUAGUAGCCCUGCCCAAGGUUGUGGAGUUGGUAGAACACUCAGAAGACACAAACCUUAAAGGCGGUCCUUGAACCCCAGAGGAUCAUUUGCCCACGACGGCCCCGGUGCUGUCAUGUCUGUUGUCUUGAUGCAAUUGUUUAUUCCUAGAAUAAUUAAUUUUACUCUCAAAUGUAUCCCAGUUUGACAGCGAAGUUAUAUGAUUACCCUAGUUGUACAUAUUAUUUGUUCUAUUUCUAAACGAAGAAAUGGAGGUUUUGGGGGGGUUGUUGGUUUUUUUGUUUGGGGGGGCUUUUUUUUUUUUUUUUGUCUGUUUUAGGAAAAUGUGAGCUCCUGCCUUGACCUGAGACUCAUCAGAAGUAACUAUAUGCUAAAUUUUUCACUCCUUAGAACUCAGGACACUUGUCUUCGGUUAUUGAUUAAAAAUGAGUUAAUAUCUGACUCCUUUUAUAGCUGUGCUACAAACCACGUUUAAUGAGGCAUAGGAAUCAUUUUGACCCCUGUUCCAGGGCAGAGGUGGAGCAAUCCAUUUUUUGCCCUUUGAUUUGGGAGUCAGCACAUGCUCGCUCUGUGUCCUCUCACUUUCUUUUGGCCCCUCACCCAGUCAGCAAAUGUCCCGUGUCCACCCCGGUCAGGGUGGCAGGCCCUGUGCUGGGAGGAAGGAGACUCGGCCGCAUCAGUUCACAGAACAGAUGUUGGAGACGAUGAAUGACGGAGGAGGGUUAGUUUCCUGUGCUCUCUUUCAGCUGACCCCCGGCCUUCUGCCAGCUGCUUGGCCACUGAGUUCAUUCCAUUCCCCAUUUUGCCUGUUUUCUAUCAAUAUUUUUAAAAAACCAUAUUAUAAAACAUAGUACUUUGAAAUCUACUACUGGUUUUAAUCUUUUCUUCUAAAUACACUGAAUUUAGAUAAGACAUAAGAAAAUAAAUUCGUUUAGAUAAAAGAAGGAGCAUUAAACAAUGAUUUUAAAAAUCACAUGUCUAGAAAUUCAGCAUCCAAAUAAACUGUGUAUUUAUUCAUUCAGAGGGUGUGUGUGUGUGUGUGUGUGUGUGUGAAACACUUGCCACUUGCAGGUACUUUGCCAACUGAGGUGAGAGCAGCGAGGAAAGCCGUUUUCUCUGAUCGCGUGGGUUUUGCAUUCUUCUGAGAUUUUGUUCUUCAAAGUCAUCUCCCAAGAGUAUUUGAUAGACUCUUGUUUGGAAAUGCCUUCAGAAUCUGUAGAUUUUUUUUCUUUUUCCUCCAAAAAGAAGAUAGCUUAAUGUUCUUAGAAUCACAAAAUGGUACUCACUGUAAGCAGUUCAAAUAUUAAUAAAACUAUAAAUAAGAAGGUAAAAUAUAAUCUGAAAUUCUACCAUACUAGAAAAAGAGAGAAUUGUUAUACAUCUACACACAUAAUGUACAUAAUUUGAAUAUACAUGGAAUUAUGCUCUAUAUACUGUGCUGUGGACAUAGCUGAAUUUUGAAAGAAAUUCCAAAGUUGGACUUCAGAAGUGUUGUGAGUGAUAUGAGAACCAGGAAAGUCAGCGGGGUGGGGCCGCAUCUUGGUACCCUUGGCGUUGGAAUGUUUUUGAUGCUACCAACUGCAUCACACCCUCUUUAUCUCCGUGACUGGCACGUGGAAUAGCAGCCCUAGAGAUCACAACUCUUGAGUAGCCCGUGAAGAGAAAACCAGACUCUUAACGUCUUACCACGACUCUGGUUUCCUCCUGCAGAAUUCAGUCCGGGUUCCUUCAGAGCAAAGUGAUCGAUCACAUCCCUGUCUGGGAAUCAGGGUCCUGCCCCUGCGGGCGGCAUUCAAGGCUGGCUACAGUGACCCUCCAGAGAGAGCUGGCCACGAAGCUGCUUUUGCUCAGUUGCUGUAUUCAUGUGCUGUUCCUUGGGGAAGGGACAGUGUAUUGAUCCUAAUGAGUUAAUUAUUUGUUCUUCGGGAUCCUGGCUGAGUACUGAUAGCGUGCUAGAAAAGGACAGCAAGGCAAGUGACCCGGCUUGGCUGGGUGACGUGCAGUGUAGCUGAGAAAUCUGGUUUUAUGUUCAUGGCUUUCAUCCAAAGAAAGACACUCGAGAACCUUUCAAAGAUAGUUUCUAUCUUUUCAAGGCUUUAAGCUAUGCAUUCACGCUCUUAGAGUUGGAGUUCCUUUCCGGAUGCACGCAAAUGCAUACCUGCUUCCUUGUUUCUGGAGCAGAAAUGUCAUCGAGGUUUUCCAGGCCACCAUCUUUAUUUAAAUUCUUCCAGUUCUGUGAGAUUUUUGUUAUUUUUAAAAAAUGUAAUCUGAGCACUUUUUUAAAAAGUAUUCUAUAAAAGAGACUAUUACCAAAUGAAUAUAUUAUUCAUUUGAUUAAAAUUAUUUAGAUAAGAAAUCAUUACUGUUUAGCUUUGCUUUCAGACAGUGUAUCCUAUUUUUUAUCCAUUUUGCAAAAUAUCACUUGUGUAUGGUUUCUUAACAUAGCAGAAUCUAUUAUGUAAAUGAACCUUUUCAGAUAUCUCAGCAGUCUAUGGUUUGAUUGUAUAGGCUUUGUACUAUUUAAGUGUGAAUAAAAAUGAGGAAGAAUAUAAUGACGAGUUAUCUAGAAGGUUUUGGUGGUUGCUAACUUAAAAGAAGGAAAUGAAAUGGAAACAUAAUGUUUGAAUUAGAAGUUAUUCAAAUGUGUGUUCUUUUCCAAAAGAAAACCAGUGACUAAAGCAAAACAAGUUUGAUUGCAUGUGAUUUUUCUUUUGCUCUUGUGUAUGCCUUUUGAACAGUCCAUUUGAUAAAUCUUGAAUGAAAAAAAUAAAGCUGUUUCUAUCUGCA